GUUGCUUUGUUAGCUUGACAAGCGAGAAACGCAGGUUUGGGCAGCUAAGAGGCUAACAAGCUAAGAGGCUAUCAAGCUAACAGGCUAGAAAGCUAACAGAAGCUGUUCCAAUUUAAAGUCUCAAUUUCUCGAGAUUAUCAGUGGACGGCUUCAUGAUUCCUUUCCAAGACAACAUUUUUGUGUGGAGAAGGUAAAGAGGCGCAGAGGAUUUAGCGCUCAGUCAGGAGGAGGAUAUCCAGGGAGAGAUUGAGGUUGCCCCUCUUAUAGACGAUGUCCACCAUGGUGUAUCCUCGUGAAGAGAAGCUGGAGAAACUAACGCAGGAGGAGAUCAUCUCAAACACUAAGCUGGUGAUCCAAGGCCUGGAGGCACUGAAGAGCGAGCACAACUCUAUCCUGCACAGUCUGCUGGAGACCAUCAAGUGCCUGAAGAAAGAUGAGGAAGCCAACCUCGUGCAUGAGAAGUCUAACUUACUCCGCAAAUCUGUGGAGAUGAUUGAGCUGGGCCUGGGGGAGGCACAGGUCAUGAUGGCUCUGUCCAAUCACCUUAAUGCUGUGGAGUCAGAGAAGCAGAAGUUACGGGCCCAGGUGCGGCGUCUGUGCCAAGAGAACCAGUGGCUGCGGGACGAGUUGGCCAACACUCAGCAGAAACUGCAGAAGAGUGAACAGAGUGUCGCCCAGCUGGAGGAGGAGAAGAAGCACCUGGAGUUCAUGAAUCAGCUCAAAAAGUAUGACGAAGAUGUUUCACCCUCGGAGGAAAAAGAUGGCGAACCACCUAAAGGCUCUCUGGAUGAUCUUUUCCCUAAUGAUGAUGAGGAACAUGGUCAAGGAAUGCAGCACCAGCACAACAGUGCAGCCGUUGCAGCAGCGCAGCAGGGAGGAUACGAGAUCCCAGCCCGUCUCCGAACACUCCACAACCUGGUGAUCCAGUACGCCUCUCAGGGUAGAUACGAGGUGGCAGUACCGCUGUGCAAACAAGCUCUGGAGGACCUGGAGAAAACCUCAGGCCACGAUCAUCCCGAUGUUGCCACCAUGCUCAACAUCCUCGCUCUGGUGUACAGGGAUCAGAACAAAUAUAAAGAGGCAGCACAUCUGCUCAAUGAUGCUCUGUCCAUCAGGGAGAAGACUCUCGGCAAAGAUCAUCCAGCAGUGGCUGCCACCCUGAAUAAUCUGGCUGUGCUGUACGGGAAAAGGGGCAAAUAUAAGGAAGCUGAACCACUGUGUAAGAGAGCCUUGGAGAUCAGAGAGAAGGUGCUUGGAAAGGACCACCCAGAUGUGGCUAAGCAGCUGAACAACCUGGCCUUGCUGUGUCAGAACCAGGGCAAGUAUGAAGAGGUGGAGUACUACUACUGCAGAGCUUUGGAGAUCUAUGAGUCCAGGCUGGGCCCUGAUGACCCUAAUGUUGCCAAGACCAAGAACAAUCUGGCUUCAUGCUUUCUCAAACAAGGGAAAUACAAGGAAGCUGAGAUUCUUUACAAAGAGAUUCUCACCCGUGCCCAUGAGAAGGAGUUUGGAUCAGUUGAUGCUGAGAACAAGCCGAUCUGGAUGCAUGCUGAGGAGAGGGAGGAGAUGAGCAAAGGCAAGCACAAAGACAACACCCCAUAUGGAGAGUAUGGUGGCUGGUACAAAGCCUGCAAAGUGAACAGUCCUACUGUGAACACCACUCUGAGGAAUUUGGGUGCGCUGUACCGCCGACAAGGCAAGAUGGAGGCUGCGGAGACCCUGGAGGAGUGUGCCAUGAGAUCCCGCAAGCAGGGGAUCGAUCCCAUCAACCAGAGCCGUGUGGCUGAAAUUCUGAAGGAGGGUGAUGGAGAGAGAAGGAGGAGCAGGGACAGCAUGUCCAGCGUUAAGUACGAUAGCAGCUCUGAGGCCGGAGAGGAAGUGAGUAUGGGCAUAGAGUGGAGCGGGGUAAGUGCAUAUCCACAUCAUCAUCCAAUCAGAUCAGUAGCAUGUGGAUACAGGACACGGCUGCCUUGCCCUACUGAGCUAGCGUAUCGACUGCCUACACAGACCUGAAGGUUAGAGCCCUGGAAAGACUAUAAAAGAACAUUGUACUCUGACUCUUAAAUUGAGAUUAAAAUAGGCUCAUUUCCCACAGCACAGAGUAGAAUGCUAAUUGAAUUCUUAAAUAGCAGGCUUCUCAGUGCAGAAACAUCAAGUGGAGAGUAGACCUUAAUCUGAAAUUAUUUCAGCCCUGUGCUGUAUAGUGGAAUAAAGCACUAUUCCAAGAAAAUGCAUUAAGUAAAAAAAAAAUCAUGCGUCACAUGUACAUUUGACUAUCUGGCUGUCUAGUUAAUUUGACCGACUGACAAACAUUGACACUUAUAACAGCAUAAAUGUUGAAUUGAAUUAUUAUCAUUAUUAUUAUAUUACUGAUUCAUAGUUAUUAGUCUGGUGUACGUGGGUAAGGCUUCACUGUCCUGUUGAUGUCUACUGAUAUUUAUAUAGAACCAAAUGCUGAUUGAGUGUCCUGGCAAAUUGCAUCUCAGUUUAAGCAUGGUUGUUUAUGCUUGUGUCAUUUUUUUCACUUGUUUUCGCCUGAACUAUUAAUACCUUGUAUGUUUCUGAUUGAUGUUAAAUAUCACUUGAGCAUUUUGAGCAUCUUGUGUCUCAUGCAGAAGCCAGAGUUUCAGAAAUUUCUCUUUGCUCCACUUUAGUUCUCACUAGUAAGAUAAUUAACUAAAUAGUUAAUAAAUAGUUUAGAUAAAUUUCAUGGUGCAGUUUGUAAUAUCUCUAAGGCUUAAAAUCCCCAAGGCUUAUCUAAUUUAUCUGGUUUGAUGUGGAGAAGAAGGUUGUCUGUUAUCACCCAUAAAAGUUACAGACUGCUCCUUUGAUUCUCCAAAAGCUAGAAUCUAGUUUUCAUUAUCUGUUUCAGUUACCUGAGUAACAUUUUGUAAGGAUUGAAAAAUGAAUGUACAGUUGAUUUGUUUGCACGCUGUAGUCUCUAGUAUAAACUCUAAACUCAACUGAGCACGACUCUGCUCUUAAGCUAAAGGAGUCCAGUCUCCAAAACUCUGCUGGUGAGUGAGGGAUAAAGCUGUCGGGGGCUUCUGCAGGAGAGACAGAUGCUCUGUUUGUUCCAAAUGCUUGGCUUGACUCCGCACUGUUUCCAGCUUUAUUUUAAACUUCACUGCAUGCCCUGCUCAUCUGAAUAGCCCCAUGUGUUCUUGCACCAUGUUGUGUGCUUUGCUUUGAGAGUUUUUUUUUUUUUGGCUUGAUGUAUGAGCUGCACCACACUGACAGUGCACAUUAACCCACGCUUCUACUGCUGCUCACACUUUUCUUUGUUUUGGAGUGUUUGUUAUACAACUUGUUUGUUCUAGUUAUCAGAGAAUGGUGCACAGGCCCAAGUGCUGAUUAUGAGGUUUAAGUUCUAGGAAAUAGUUAGAAAUAUUUGGAUUUACACAACUUGUCAUUUACAUACACGUUUGGAUUUUGGUGAAAUCGAAACCACCCACCUACACAGAAGGACUAUUGGAGACUGGUAGAAACCAAGGCUACAUUUUAAGACUCCAAUGUUUGGUCCUUCUGUUUGUGUGCUUCUCCAAGGUGUUGUGUGGAGCUGUGUGGGUUGUGUGGUGUGUGAUUAUGGUCAUAUCCCUGGCAUUGCAGUUCUUACUGAGGAAAUCCAAAAGAACUUUGCAUGCAGAAUGAAUAAAACUUGAAAAUGUA